ACACACACGCACACACACACACACACAGAAAAAGAUGUGAGCGCGCGCUAGAGACGGAAAAGCUACAUUUUUUUAGCAUUGUGACAGUUGACGAAGGCUCGUGCGCGCCUUCUCGUGCCUCACAUCUGCCACGAAGACCGUUAACGUUCUCGUUUUUUUGUUGUUGUUUUUUUUAGUAAUAUAAGUUGUUUUCUUUGUAAAAACAAAACGUCACUUUGUCCGAAAGGCGAAGAGGAGCCGCUCACUUUAAAGACCCGAUCGAAUCUUCACAACUUUCCGAAUCUUCUCGUGUUUUUUUUUUUUUUUUUUUUUCAGGAAUUUCUGAAGUCUUCUUCAAAUCUCUUCUUCACACUAGUUUACACUGACAGACUGGGAACAUGUUGAUGAAAGAGUACCGAAUAUGUAUGCCACUGACUGUUGAAGAGUACAGGAUUGGGCAGCUGUAUAUGAUCAGUAAACACAGCAACGAGCAGAGUGAGCGAGGAGAGGGAGUGGAGGUGGUGCAGAACGAGCCCUUCGAUGACCCCAUGCAUGGCCAUGGCCAGUUCACCGAGAAACGUGUCUACCUCAACAGCAAACUUCCCAGUUGGGCGAGAGCAGUGGUGCCCAGAAUCUUCUAUGUGACGGAAAAGGCCUGGAACUAUUAUCCUUACACCAUUACAGAAUACACAUGUUCAUUUUUGCCAAAGUUCUCCAUCCACAUAGAAACCAAGUAUGAGGACAACAAAGGCUGCAAUGACCAUAUCUUUGAAAAUGAGCUGAAGGACCAGGAGAGGGAAGUUUGUUUUGUAGAUAUCGCUUACGAUGAGAUUCCAGAGCGCUACUACAAGGAGUCAGAGGAUCUGCGCUAUUUUAAAUCGGAGAAGACGUCUCGCGGCAUGCUGCAGGAAGGCUGGCGGGACUCACAGAAUCCCAUCAUGUGCUCCUACAAGCUUGUGACUGUAAAGUUCGAGGUGUGGGGCCUCCAGACUCGUGUCGAACAGUUUGUACACAAGGUGGUGAGGGACGUGCUGCUGCUGGGCCAUAGACAGGCCUUUGCUUGGGUGGAUGAAUGGAUCGACAUGACAAUGGAUGAGGUGAGAGAGUUUGAGCGAAGGAUCCAGGAGGCCACCAACCAGAAGAUCGGUAUUUUCCCUCCGUCCAUUUCAAUUGGUGAGACGCCGCUCUCGUCUCUGGCCCCCACCGGGCCGGCCAGUGCUCCAUCCACCCCGCUUUAUACCGACGCCCCCGAGUUCCUCUCCGUCCCUAAAGAGCGGCCCCGCAAGAAAUCCGCCCCUGAAAUGCUCACUCUGCCUGAACCCGGACAGCCGGAGCCUGUUCCAGCCCCUAACCAUGAUUCUGUCAGCCCUGCAUCCAACCAGACGGAGUGACUGAGGCUGUGCCACGCAUCCUUGUGAUUUCUUCCUUCAAUCAGGAUUUUGUAAACACGGUUCACUCACUCGGCUCCUUCCACUUGCUCCAUGUUGCAAAUUUCUAAAAGACUCCAGUUACUGACCAUGUAAAUGGGCUUCCUCCCUGCAAGGGAGCCUCUGCCUCGACAGUUUAUAUUUUCUCAUAUUUGGCAAAUAAUGUUAUAUAUCUGCAUUCGGUUAUUGUGAUGUGUCUUAAUUUCUGUCAUAGGUUUUAAAAACAAAAAAACCAGACCAUAAAAGCUACUUAUUAAGGCUUGUUGUAAAGUACUUGUUACUUUUAUUUCUCCCAUCAUUUUAUUAUGAAAUCGUCUAAUACGAUUGGGUGACUACCUGUUGUGGCUUAAAUACGGUUGCCUUAGCAACUACGAAACAGGUAUCCCUGAUUAGGAUCAUGGAUUAACCUGAGGUGUCAUUUUAAAGAAUAAGUUUGUAAUUUUUAGAAUUCUACCUAUGAUACAAGGAGUCUUUCCUUUCCUUUCUACUGACUCCAUGUCCUCUGUCGAAAAUGCCUUAUAAUUUACCUUCUAGGGAAAAUCAACAGAGCUGAGAUUACAGUAAUAAGAUCUAAUACGGUAGAUUACAUCAAAAUAUUUGUUCAACCGAACAAUUACAGUAAGGGUAGAAAUUGUUUUUUUUUUUUAAUUACAAACUGCAUCUUUAAGCAAUGACAUCUCACAACAUUGAGGAAGAUAAAAUACUCACAGAUGGACGGUGGGGUCCAAAAGUCUGAGACCACGAAUG